AUGGCGCGGGAAGAGGACUGGCUUGUCAGCAGGGCAGGGGGCAAGGGAAAGACAUCAGGUGACAUAGCCGAUCUCGCCGGUGUCGGUGGUGCUCACGCCCGGCACGCCCUGCAGCUCCAGGGGGGGGUCGUUGCGGAAGAGCACCUGAGGGGCGUUCUGGAUGGCGCGCCUCCGGGCAUCGACAAACUCCUGGAUAAAGACCUUUCCGUAGACGCGGUCGGUCUCCUCGCGGAAGACGGUGCUGAAGAUAACGGUGACGCGGUCGUGGCUCGCCUUGACGUAGAUGGCCUCCUCCUCGCGGUAGUGGACGGCCAUGACCUCACCACCCUCGCGGAUGCCCUGCGGCGCCUCUUCGGACGUGUACUUGGACGCCUCUUCCUUGAGCUUGUAGUACUCGGCGAAGGCGGCCUCGAACGGGGCGGCCAUCAUGUUGCGCUUGAGCAGGGCGAUCUUGUCGACCAGGGCCGUGCGGGCCUCCGGCUCGGCCGGAAGCUGGUCGAGGUCGACAACGAUGGAAAACUGGAAGCCGGGCUCGGGCUCCACAAUGUGCGGGCCGUACUCGCGCUCCAGCACCUCCUUGGCGCCAUACUUGACCAGGUCGUCAUAGCAUCGCAGGAGAAUGGAGAUUUGAAUUUUCGACUUGGACUCGGGCGUGGAGAUGUGGAACAGCACACCGUCAAAGUCGGACACGGUCUGGUCAAUGUGUGCAGGCGGUGCCCUGAGAGGAUGGACGGCAGGAGACGUCAGCAGCUUGUCGGUAGGGAGAAGGGAGGAGAAGGAGACGGAUGGAUCGGGGGAGAGCCCUACCCAGAGAAUCUCUCUGUCAGCACCGUCUGGAUGAGAACGUUCUGGUAG